UCUCGUACCAACUAUGGUGAGAAUGUUGGAAGCAUGGAGGCAAAGCAAUGCCUAGAAUGGCUACAAUGGCGGCAACCCAUUCCUAUAUCUUAAAAUCCCACAUCAACCCCACACACUCCCCUGCCAUACUCUCACCCACCAACUAGAGAGAGAGAGAGAGAGAGAGAGAGAACUUCUAUUAGACACAGAUAUGGGUCGCAAUAAGGUGGUCUGCUUCUUUAAGAAAAGUCCAUAAGCAUAAAAGCUUUAGGCUACGUCGCUUCUUCAGGAUUCAAGAAAAAAGAGAAGGUGGUGAGGGUCCUGUAAGAGGCUUCUUUUUUCUUUUUUAGGUUCAUUGUUUGUUUGAUGGGAAAGUCAGUUUGCCAAGUUCAGAAAGUUUUUUCAUUAUGACUAUAGAUAGCUUUAGCGUUUUUGACAAGGCAGAGAGCAGUAGCAGUAGUGAUUGUGUUGAUUUGUGUGUGAAGCUUCAACAUACUGAACCAUUGCCUUUUAGGACUAUGGUGGUUGAUCAAUAUGAUCACUACCGUCCGUUUCCAUCAUAUGGGUUAGGUGGUGGUGAUGGUCCCACAAGGUACAACAACAGGUGCAUCUCUAAUGAUAUAUACGAUGUUGUUGUUGCUGGUGGAGGCGGUGCUGCGGCUAAUGGUGGUGCAGCAGAUGGUUUAAGGACUCUGCAGCCUUUUGACAUCUCUCCUGCUGAAACUAUCACUGCCUUCAAAUCCCCAGGAGGAAUUGCAGCAACUAUGGGGUUUCCUUUUACAAAUGCGCAGUGGAAAGAGCUUGAGAGACAAACUAUGAUAUACAAGUACAUGAUGGCCUCUGUUCCUGUGCCUCCACAUCUUCUCUUUCCCACUCCAAGAAAUCUCAACUCAGACCCUGCUGCUCGCCACUCUUCUUUGGGUACUGGUCUGAAUCUCAAGUUCACAAAUGGGGCAGAUCUAGAACCAGGGAGGUGCAGGAGAACAGAUGGGAAGAAAUGGAGGUGCUCAAGAGAUGUGGCUCGUGACCAGAAAUACUGUGAGCGUCACAUGCACAGAGGCCGUCCCCGUUCAAGAAAGCCUGUGGAACUCCAAGCCAACACCGAUACUAACAACAACAAUAAGAAGACUCGUUACAAUCCUGCUGUUUCUGCAGAAUCUCCAGUUCCUGCGGUUGCUUCUCAAUUUGUAGGUACUAAUUCACAGCCAUACCUCCAGGCCCCUGUUUUUCCUGAUAAACCCAGUGAAAAGGUUGCAAAUUUUGACGCAUCUCUGGCCUUUGCUGCAGCAUUCAAGGAGGAACCCAGGAGUUUGGAGUGGAUGAUAAAAGGAGAACCUGCCGAUCAACAAUGGCACCAUAUGAUUAAGCAGACAGAAAUUGGACUAUCCAAUGAAAGGUCCUUCAAUAGCACCCCUAUUCUCAAUCCGGAUUACCAUGGAGGAGAGGCUUUGAACUUGAACUCCUUUGGAAAUUUCAGCGCAGGAGAAGAUCACCAUAGCAAUCAGUGUACUUUAUUUCUCAACGAGACACCCAGGGGUUUCAUUGAUGCAUGGUCUAAUGGAGCAUCAGAUGACCAGAGUGGUGCAGCCUCUAGAAACACUGGUUCUGCUGUUUCCUCAUAUGGGAAACUUUCACAAUCCUCCCUCUCUCUAUCCAUGGGAGGCAUCAACAUGGAUGAUGAAAUGGAUCAGAUCCAAAUGGGGUUAGGCCUAAUAGAAUCAGAUCAAAAUCGUGAAUGUUGCACCAAAUCGCUGGCCAUGUCCCCUGCUUCUUGGACAGGGGCUACACCAGGUGGACCUCUAGCAGAAGUCAUACAACUGAGCUCUGCAAACGCCACAGCUAGUCAGUCAUCUCCAGUCGCUGAAAAUGGAGAUUCUGGUAGUCCACCAGCGACUGCUGUUUCUUCCCCAUCUGGGUUUCCGCAGAAAACAGUUGCUUCAUUUUCUGAUAGCAGUAGCAAUAGCAGCCCAACACUGGCGAGUACUGCAAGGGCCAAAUCUUAGAUUGGAUUGCCGUGGUUGAAUUAAUUAGACAAAUUGUAAUAUUCUGUUGAAGGAUUUAUGGAUAGAUUUCGUGGUUUUUUUCUCUAAUUGGUUAUUAUGCGGUUGUUUAAUGAUUUUAACAUCAAUUUGGUCUGUGGCCUUGAAAUUGUGUUCGUAUGUUACAUGAUAAUUCAGCCACUUGAUGAA